UGCAGGACAGGUGGGUAAGCAUGCCCUCAGAGAGACUGGCACUGCCCCUGGCUCUAGCCCAUCACCGCCCUGCCCUCUCAUGAGGGGUCUCCAGUGUCUGGCAGUGCCCCGCUUAAUGACAGCUGCCUUGCAUGCUCUGCCUUGGGAGGAACGGGUUUGAGAGCCGGCCGCCAACAUGAGACUCUGGUGGAUUUUACUGUUUGGCUUCUGGAGUGUGUACGGCGAGCUACCCUUCAUCGCGGAAAACAAUGCCGCCAUGCUGGUCAACUGGAAUGCAGUUGAUGGGAACAAAAAGCUGUUUGCAAUCUAUGACACAAGGAGUGAGAGAAAACGCGGAUUGCAGCAGAAUAUUUCCUUGUAACCAGCCGUCACAGGAGUCUCCAACGACUUCUUAGCAAAGGACUACGGAUGGAAUAACCUGUAACAACCCGUUGGUUUAUGCCGGAAAACCCUAACAACCUCCGUUUUAGUCACUCAAUUCCUUAAAAGAAUAUAAUAAGGAAUGUUUGGAUUAAAGAAACGAAAGCUGUUUGGUGUUCUCUCGGUACCGGUCAUUGUGGCAGUGAUGUGUUGUGCACAGAGCGCAAACGAGCCCGGUAACAUGUCUUUUGUCAAAGAAACAGUGGACAAACUCCUAAAAGGAUAUGACAUUCGCCUUCGCCCAGACUUUGGAGGAGCGCCGGUGGCAGUUGGAAUGAGUAUAGACGUGGCGAGUAUAGACAUGGUGUCUGAAGUCAAUAUGGACUACACAUUGACCAUGUACUUCCAGCAGUACUGGAGAGACAAACGGUUGGCUUAUGCAGGGAUUCCUCUCAACCUCACCCUGGACAACCGGGUGGCUGACCAAUUAUGGGUGCCGGACACCUAUUUCCUGAACGACAAGAAGUCGUUUGUGCACGGCGUAACGGUGAAGAACCGCAUGAUCCGCCUCCACCCGGACGGAACAGUCCUCUACGGGUUAAGAAUCACCACAACAGCUGCCUGUAUGAUGGACCUGAGGAGGUACCCUCUGGACGAGCAGAACUGCACUCUGGAGAUUGAGAGCUAUGGCUACACGACAGAUGACAUUGAAUUUUACUGGAAAGGAGGAGAAAGCGCUGUGACUGGUGUUCAACGCAUCGAACUGCCGCAAUUCUCCAUAGUGGACUACAAACUGGUCUCCAGGAAUGUUGUCUUUUCCACAGGUGCCUACCCACGACUGUCUCUGAGCUUCAAGCUGAAGAGGAACAUUGGCUACUUCAUCCUGCAGACGUACAUGCCCUCCAUCCUAAUCACCAUUCUGUCCUGGGUCUCCUUCUGGAUCAACUAUGACGCCUCGGCUGCCCGCGUGGCAUUAGGUAUAACCACUGUGCUGACUAUGACUACCAUCAACACCCAUCUAAGAGAGACGCUACCCAAGAUCCCUUACGUCAAAGCCAUAGACAUGUACUUGAUGGGCUGCUUCGUCUUUGUCUUCUUGGCCUUGCUGGAGUACGCGUUUGUCAACUACAUCUUCUUCGGGAGAGGGCCACAGAUGCAGAAGAAGCUGGCGGAGAAAGCGGAGAAGGCGAACAACGACCGCACGAGAUACGACGGCAACCGGUCCGUUCAGGAGGGGGGCAAUUGCAAGCCAUCGUCUGUUAAACAGUCCAAUCAGGUACAAGGCCACCGUCACUCCCAAGGGGUGGAUGCCCAGGGCAACAUCCUCCUGACCUCCCUGGAGAUCCACAACGAGGUGGCCAGCAACGAGAUCACCACCACGAGCUUGAGCGAGACGCGCAACUCCUCCUCCAUGGUCUUCGACAACUCAGGGAUCCAGUACCGGAAACAGAGCGCUCCGCGGCAUGAAGGCCGGCGCAGCAUGGAGCGCGGCGGUGGCGGCAUCCACCCCAAGAAGACGCGGCUGCGCCGGCGCUCCUCGCAACUCAAGAUCAAAAUCCCCGAUCUCACAGACGUGAACUCCAUCGAUCGAUGGUCACGGAUAAUAUUUCCCUCUGCUUUCUCACUCUUCAAUUUGAUUUACUGGAUGUACUACGUGAAUUAAUGCCACAGAUAGGAUGCCCCCCCCCCCCCCUGUACCCUUUUACGAAGACUCAUCAAGACAAGAGACGUGUUUCAGCGCCAUAUAAUUGUUAUGUUCUGAUUUUUUCUAUUUGCAAACUCUGGAGGCAUGAGAGCAGUGUUCUUGGAUGAUGAUAUGCACUAAUAUGGGCCAAUGCUGUACGUCUUUUCCGUGACGAGAAGCUGCACUGUUCUCUUGGUGAACAUACCCAUAAACACACAUCUUUUUAACAUAGCAACACAAUGAGCAGUGCCAGCACCAAGACUUUUAAUUUUGUAAACAUUCUUCUGUACAUACACACGAUAAACUCUCAGAAGCCUUUUUGGACUUCUCGCAUGAUGCUCCCAGCGACUCUCCCCCUUUUUAUUUCGAACACCCUACAAAGCAAGACAUUAACUCAGACCUGACGUUGCUAUAGUGGAAGGCAUUAUUCACACAAAUGCUUUAUGCCAAUAUACUCAAUAGCAUUCAAAUGUCGAGAUCAAUGAUUGCCAUUGUCGCCAUGUUGAGUUUAGAUAAUGCAAUAUACUUAGGGCUGUGGGUUUUGAUAAAAAUGGUUUUAAGGUUUGGUGUUUUUUCUUCAUCCACAAUGCUAUGUUUUGGGGUGUACAAGUUACCAUAUUACAUGAAGUUACCAUAUUAACACGUCACAACAAGCGCCAAUUUGUGAAAUACUUUCGAAAGAUGAUUUCCAUUUGCCUUCGUUUGAUAUGAUUGUAUGCCACACACAGUUCACCGUUUCCUUGCAAAGUGCUUCAGUAUUUGCUCCCAGUGAACAACAGUGCACUCUACAUUUUUUCUGCAUUUUAUGGUUGUUUUCACACACAAGUUGCUCUUAAAAAUCACAGGCUAUGGAAGAUCAAUGGAAAUAUUAGUUUGAUGGAUCCUGGCAAGAGAAAGUGAUUAAAUAUUUGUUGCUCAGAGUUUCACUAUGACAUUUUAGUGACAAACAGACAUUGAUGUGGAUUUGCAAAUGAAAACUUGGCUGUUCCAGAAAGAACACCUUUGGCCAGAACGUGUGGCAUUCUUUGAACGGAUUAUACUGUAAGUCCCUAAACUUGAAAACAAAUAUAUUCAAAUAUUUGAUUAUUAUGUUCCUUCGGGGUACCUUGUUUCAAAACAUUGAGUGAUAUUACACUUCUUUUCACUACACAGUUUAUGUACUAAACACAAAACUUGCCUCAGGUUCCUACAGAAAAUGCUAGUAAUAUUGAAAAUGAUCCCCAUCACAUAUUUUUGCUAUUGUUAAUAAUAUGCAUACCCAUAUCCAUGUACUCUUUGUUGUAAUUAUUACUUUGUAAUAUAAUCAUACUGUACAUGGUUACUUCAUAGCUGUUUUACUUGAUAUUAUGACAGCAUGAUAUUAUUUUGUCACAGGUGACUAUGAUUGUUCCUCACAACCGACUUUAGUCACAGCCAAACAUUAGGAACUGUGGAUCUUGCCGAGGAAUAAAUAAGUGAUGUAUAUCACAUUGCUAUACAGAGUCACAACCCACAGUCACGUCCACAGGAUUAUUGUAUGCUGUCUGCCAUGUCAGGUUGCUUUACGGUUUUGUUGUGUUGCCAGUUGCUCACCAUAACCUUUAUUGCUCCUCUUCUGACUUCUGUUGUGUGUUGUAAAUAUAUGCCACAUUAUCCAGA